AGAUCCCUACGUUUGUACACUUUUUAAUACUCUUUCAAUGCCGUUUGAACGAGCUCUCUAUCACCUAUCUGAGCUGCGCUAUAGAGGUUUUAAAAAAGCUCCCUUUUUUAAAAACUAAAGUUUGUUUUAAAAAUCGGGAGUUUGAGUUAUAGACUUAAUUUUUCUAUUUUAAAUCCAUCUUUCAACACUGAAUUCGAAUAUCAUAUUCAAAAAAGCUUUCUGUCGCAACGUCUUUAUAAAACCUCAUUUUAUAGCUUAAAAACCCUGGUUUUCUAGGAACCCUACUUUUGGAGCUUUUCGAAAAAAAUGUCCGCUUACUAAAAGAAAGAGCAUGACUUGAAAUCCUCAGACCCCAAGUUUCGUAUCCGUCCGGUCAAUCAUUUUGGAGAUAGUUUUGUCAUGUUACACGUUUAUUUUCUCUGGUCAUCUUUUAGCUCAACCAAAUUCCACGGAUAUCCAUGUAUGUGCAGUGGCGCAAUGGGCGGCAAGUGGACAAACUAUGACACCUCUUAGCUAUAACUAUUAUUAUGGUCGUUAUGACGUUCUUGUGAGUCAGCCACUUGAUGUGGUUGUUGAUGCUUCGAAUAAUAUUUAUGUGGCGGAAUUUGGAAAUGGUUUCAUCUCAAAAUGGACUUCAGGCUCGAGAGUCUCUACGAUUUCUGUAGCCUCUCCCACAAGUCUCUUUAUUGAUAAUUUUGAAAAUCUCUAUGUUUCGGAUGUUAACAGUUAUCGUAUACUAAAAUUUACUUUUGUUGAACAAACUGGUGUUGCCAUAGCUUCUGGCGUAUAUUCGUUUGGUAUUUAUGUCGAUGCUAGUUUUAAUUUAUAUGCAUCAGAUAUUGGCAAUCAUUCAGUAUUUCUAUGGCCCCAAGGUUUGUCCGAUGGUGUUGUCGUGUGUGGUGGAAACGGUCAAGGGAAUAGGAAUGAUCAAUUGGAUUCUCCACAGGGUAUUUAUGUAGAUGGAAGUGGUAGUAUUUACAUCGCAGACACGAAUAAUCAUCGUAUACAAAAGUGGUCUCGUGGCAGUUCGACUGGUGUCACUGUCGCUGGCGGCCGCGGUAAUGGUCUGUUUUUAGAUCAGUUGUCCUAUCCAUCUGCAGUUGUUGUUGAUAUUCAGAGUAAUAUUUAUGUUGCUGACACAGGGAACAAUCGUAUUCAGCAAUGGAAGGCAGGAGGUGUGUCAGGAAUCCAUCUAGUGGGCACCCAAGUGAGCGGUACUGAUGCUGUAUCAUUCAACUCACCAGUUGGCUUAAAGUUAGAUUUGACUGGAAAUUUAUAUGUUGUUGACAAAGCAAAUAAUCGGGUACAAAUGUUCACUGUUGAUAAUACCAGAUGUACGAUCACCACAACCACCACCCGGGCAACAACAACAUCAACCAAAAGAAAUCAAACAUCUUCAACUUUCUGCAUUCUAUCCAAAUGUGGUUCGAAUCGUACUUUAUGCUCAACAAAUAUUGAUUGUGACUGUUUAUCAAUGACAAAUGGUGGUGGUACAAUUUGUGCUGAUAUAUCACUACCAUGUAGAAAUCUGACACGUUGUAAUAUAGAUAAUGUUACGUGCUCUAUACCAAAUACACUGUGUGUAAAUAAUACGCGAUGUAAUCAACCAGUUUGUUACCCGUUAGCAUUGGCCAGUCAACAAGUAUGUCCUGGAAAUAAUAGUGCAACGAUAUCAACAACUUCAGGUAUGAGACAAGAUGUUUACACUACAGUAAUCAAUGCAGUUAUGCUUUUGCUUGGUUUCAUCUUAAUUUGUACGAACUGGAACUUUACCAAUACUUUACCGUGUACCAAAAAUACACGAGCUGUCGUAAAUCUGCCAUUUCCAUGUUUUAUACAUGCUAUUCUAUGCGGGUAUAAUAUUUCACGCCUGUCUCAUACGUAUACAUGAAAACAGUUUUUGUCCGUUCCUUUUUAACUUGUUAACAGGGUAGGCUAAAGUAUCAAAUAUGAAGUCAAAGUGAAAAACUAAGCAGAACGGUUGAUUCCAUUUUGUAUUACCAGGGAGGUCGGUCAUUCAGGGAUAUUCUCUUGUUCGAUUCCUACAGAAACCUAAGUUGUAAGCUUAUAUAAUUCAGUUGCCAGCUUAUGUACUCCCGCUUAAAAUGCUAUUCAGCUAUGUUGUCAAACUGAAACAGUAGUUUUGUUAAAUGUCCGGUAAAAACAAGUCUUUGUUUUUUAAUUGUAGCGCCUCAAACAACCGCCAGAACAACAGCCGCAACUUGUUCAGGUACAGUAAACACAAAUAUUCUACUACGCUUUUCUUCAAACGCCCCAAGUCUGUUCCAAAGAAUACUUUUUGACGACAAACUACCCAGGCAAACCUUUUCUGGCAAAAAAACGCAUUGAUAUGCGUUAGUUUCUAACGCGUUUAUCAGGAUGAAUUUUGACCGUUUCAACGCGUUGAAACGGUCAAAAUUCAUCCUGAUAAGCGCGUUCGCAAUUAACGCACAUCAACGCGUUGGUUUUCAACGAAUGCAAACGCGUUUAAAAUUAAAAUUAAAAAAUGAAUUCAACACCAAAUUAAAUUCUGGUGUAUGUCUGUAUGCAUAUCUAUGCAUAUAAUGUAUAUGUGUCUAUGCAUAGAUAUGCAUACAAACGACUAUACAAUCUAGUAGAGUGGCAAAGUAGAGAAAGAAAACAACUGGUACUUACAUGACUUCAGUAUGAUUCGAACGUGGGUACCUAGAAUUAAGAAGCAAACACAUAACCAUCUGAGCUGACAAAUGAUCGAAAUAUAUACAGUAACAAUGCUAUGUGUUUCGAUCAUCUCCGUUAGACAAAACUGAUGUUUGCUUCUUUAUUCUAUGACUUCUGACGAGGGAACCUAUUCACAUGUCCAACUUCUUUUGACUCCAUCUUUUGGUCAUAAGUAGACCUCAAUGAGGUAUGACAAACCUCAACAGGAUUCAUGCUCUCAGGUCUUUGUUUCCGAGAUAUCGAAUUUUUAAGUUAUGCGUAAAACAAUCUUUGCAAAGUUCCGUGCAGUGCAUCUCCGAUAAAACUUUUGAAAGUGAAACUACCUAUGGUUCGGAGAAAUAAAUAGAGCUCUAAGAUGUUCUAUUCACACGCGCGUCUUACUGCGUGUUUUCUGUUUUUACAACUUUUUAUAUAAAAGGGGGUAUUGAAGUGUGUGAUUUUGCUUAAAGCAGGGAGUUUCCAGACAUACCUUGCGUGGCUUUCUGACAGAUUCAUAAUACAACCUGUUCUGGAUUGAGAACUAGAGCGAAUUCUUCCAACGGUGCUUCUCACUGUUCAUCAGCUGAAAGAGCAUAUCCAAUUCUCGCACCGUUGGACGAAUUCGCUCUAGUUCUCAAUCCAGAACAGGUUGUAUUAUGAAUCUGUCAGAAAGCCAC